CCAAGCUUUCUUCCUCAGCCCUGGGUAUCCAGGCUUGCUAUUUAUUUAGCCAGGCACUCAGCAGUUUCUUCCUUUCCUUUUGUUUCUAGAUCAACAACUUGUUUAGAAAAAGCAGCUUUGGCCCUCACUAUUUUGGAUGCAGGCUGACUUUGUUAAGGUCUAUGAAGAAUAGGAUAGCAACAGGAGUGGAUGUCGAAUGUGCUUAUCAGGAAGAUUCCUCCACCCCUGUCCUGGACCGAGAGAAGAUUUACUGGGAGCUGAGUGAACAGACCCAUGGAAAAACAAGGCUGGGACCCUACAUUCUACAUAAGGAAAGCCUUUAUGUGGAUGGGUAUACCCAUCAGAUACCAACCACCACCACAAACACCUGGAGACCCAGUCUAGAGGCUUUCACCCUGAACUUCACCAUCACCAACCUGCUGUACACAGAAGACAUGGGGCAGAAGGAUUCCAUCAAAUUCAAGUCCACUGAAAAGAUUCUUCAGAAUAUGCUUGGCCCUUUGUUUGAGAACAGCAGCCUUGGUUCCAGUUAUUACAGGUGCAAACUGACUUUCCUAAGACCUCUGAAGAAUCUGACAGUGACUGAAGUAGGUGUCACCUGCCUCUAUCAGAGUGAUUCCACUGGUCCCUUCCUGGAUAGAGAGAGGGUUUACUGGGAAUUCAGCAAUCAGACUGGGGGCAUCACUAGACUGGGGCCCUAUACCCUCGACAGGGACAGUCUCUACCUCAAUGGUGAGUAA